AUGUGUGGUCUGAGCAUAUGCUUAUCUCGCCCUAUCAUCGCCAACACCCAAAGCUUUUCUGAAAGACGUUUGGCACAUCGGUGAAAUAGAAUUAUCUCUCUUUUUUCAUAAAUGAUUGUUUAUUGUUAUGCAGUCGUAAUCAGGCGAUGCAGAUGUGUUCGAAUAUUAAAUCUUAUGAGGAAAUUCAACCCACUCUUGAGAACGGAUCACUCCUUACCCCAUCCCAAACUGGAAUAAGACCUUCUUCUUGAGCUCCAUAAAACGGUACUCAAGAUUUCUAACACCCGAGGAUCAACCAUGAGCCAUUACCCACGACAAGGCAUCCCCAAGAGCGUGUUAUUAUUUUCUUUCAAAAUUCUACAUUGUCAUUUCACGAAUUGAGCCAAAGUACUCUUUGAUCAUACAAUUGUUCUGUGCAGCUCUCCCUUACGGCUUCUGUAAAUAUUUGUCUAGCAUAGGUAUUGUUUGUCACAGCCUACCACUGUUCUACAACAGUUUAGACAGUAGACCCUCCUGGUGCCAGCAGUUCGCUUGUAUAUGUAGCACUUUAGAAACAGCAAGAAAUUACAACGGGCGAGGUUUUAUCUUUUUAAUUGGUGUGGAAUAUAUAAAGAAAUUAAAAAAACGAAAGCCGACGUUUUCAAGGCACGUCGUCUCUUAGCAAGCCGGGUGUCCAUUAUAUUCGAGUUACGUUUUUAUGCUUGUUGAAUCCUCGUAUUUUUCAAAAAGCAGUUACGUUGUAUGUGACGAAGGGUUUGAGUCACUUCAGUCGACACUUAUCUUCUGAAAAUGAACUGAAUCUUUUGCCUUUCUUCUUUGAGCAUGCGCAUUAUGAUUCCUAUUCUUUGAGGCUUGAGCUCCAAACGUAAUAACACCGGGUCUAUCUCAACGGGCAAAAAAUAUGGUUUUGUGAUGAAAUUUAAUAUAUCCUUUGUUCAACAAUUUCUUCUCUAAAACGGACGUUUUCUAGGAAAGGUUAAAUUUCAAAUCGCGUUGAAAUCAUUUUUUAAUAAGUCGAAAAAGACAUUCAAACAAAACUCACUCCUCGUAUAAAAUUCCCGCUUAUUUUUCACUUGGGCAGAACUUCUUUCAUUUGAUAACCCUUGAGCUAUUUAAAGCAGAUUUUCGAACAAGCCCGAAAUGUUCCUCUUCACUUAAUUAAACUGAUUUUGACUAAUUAACAACAAAAAUUGCUAAUUCAUUGACUUGUGUUCGCCGUUGAUCUGAUAAGGGGGGAUAAACAGUUCAUAAUUCAGACAAAACUAUAAUGACUGGUUCCUCGUAUAUGUUGUAUAAUACAAGUACCUCGUUUACUUUGUAUAAUACACUGUUUGGCACUUCGGUUCACGCCCCUUAUGUCGAUAAUGGCUUGAUAUUCACCCGGGUAGGCGAUAUCUUAAGGUAUUGUUUUCGCGGGCUUUAAAAGAGCAGAGCUUAUCGUAUUAAGGUUCAUUCAUUGCAGAGCCUAGCCGGGAGUUUUUCACGAGACCAGCGAAUACAUCACGAUUUGACGAGUCAAAGCGUAAGAGAUAUUUUAUUUUCCAAUUUCUUCUAAUUGUAAAUCGAUUAUUAACUUAUUAACGAGAUUUAAGUUUGAUUGAAAUUAGAGUUCUUUACCGAAUCUUAAUUUUUAACAAGAAGGGUUAUUUUUUUUAGCACCAUUUCGUACCUCUCUCCUCAUCCGAUCGCUUUUUCACCGUCAAGAAGAAAUGUCUUCUCAGGAGGAACGAUAGCUUCUAAAUAAUUAAAAUUUCCCGCUUUGGAAAUAGCGAUAACGUAAAAGGGAAACAUGAAAACAGGUUGGUUGAGUUUUUCCGCGUCCUCGUUCAUAAAUUGGUUACCCACGCUAAAUUUGAAACCAAUCUAGACGGCCUGUCGGCUCCAAUUGUCCUUUUAUUUACCCAAAACAAAUCGGAGAGUCGGUAAUCGGAAACUAGGUAAAUUUUUCCCAGUGUUAUUUUAGAAUUAAUCACUUUGCAGUUUUGCAUUACUUCGUUGAAUAAUUAUGAUCGUGAUUUGUGAUUGAUUUCUUCGAUCAAGGAAACAAUUUAUAGAAUUAAUACGAUUGUAAAAUAUACUGAAAGAUUAGAUCAGCCAAUGUGGUGGAUUCAGGCACUGCUCAUUUAUAUGAUUUAACUCCAAAAGCGUUCCGAUCAAUAAUUAAAAAAAGAAAUACGCCGAUAAAGACAUAAAAACCACGGGAAAAUAAAAAAAGAAACCCUAAAAGUGUUUUAAUGUUUUUGUAGAUAAGGCAUCACUUUUUCUUUUUACAACGUUUUAUUAAUAAUUUAGAACAAGAUUUGGGUUUAAUAUUUUAUGAAUUUCUCACACACGUAUUGAGUUUCAAAACAGUGCGUGUGCUCUUUAUCGCCAAUUUAACUAACCCGACUUGGAAAAACCUACCGCUAAUAUUGGUUCAGGCUCGUUAGCCAGUUCUUACGUUUAGAGAACCCAAAAUAAAUUCCUUUAGUUGUCAGUAUUAUCUAUAUGUUUUUUUUCUUCUCCCAAAACGGUCCAAAACUAUAAAACUGCACGAACUUUAAAGUCACAGUAAUCACACAAUGUUAGAACUGUUUUGUUUUUUGUUAUUAAACUAUUAUUUUUUCAGAAUCUUAUUAGAGUUAUACUGACUUGCCUUUUAACAAAUCCAAACUGACUUCUGCUUUGUUAAUGAUGAACAAACAAUGAUCUGGGAUGAAAGACACCCUUGACGUUUUAAAAUAUUCAUGCUGUCGGCAGUGAUCUUUUCUUUUUCAGUCGUACACCUAUUAUAUUUUAUAAACCCUUCUCGGUAAUUCUGUCUUUUUAAAAACAAUGUCAUGACAAUAAGACCAAAAUAAUGUCCAUGUAACCUUAUUUGUUUUGGUUUGAAGUAAUUAUUUCGUUGCUCUUUGCGUUUCCUUCUUUUCUUUUCUUUUUUUUUUCCGAGUUUUUAGUUCCUUUAGCAGAUCUCUUUGCUUCCUUCAAGAAGUUAUCCUUUAUCUAUUUCUUUGUUUCGCUUUGAAACGCACCGAUUUUCGUUAGCUUUGUGUUACAUGCCUGUGUACAGGUUCUUUUUUAAUAAAUAAUCAAAGCUGUUAAUGCAUUGAAGUAUUUUGAUUUAACAAAGCGUGGUCAACAAAACCAGCAGUGACAUUAUCGAGAUUUGUAAUUACUUUUUAAACCGCAAUCUAAAGAAAUAAUCGGACAAGUACUCGUAUAAUCAUAUUAUUUUCCAACUACACAAAAAGAGUUCAGAUUGUCAUGAAUGAGCACUGUUUAAAUUGUCAUGCUCAUAUGAAGUUCAUUUAUUUUUAGGACGAGUUUUCUCAACAACCUACAAUGGUUAGCCAAGUUGUAUUUCGCCCACCAGAACAAGAGCAAGUACUCAACAGCACUGUCUACGCAGAGGAAAGAUGUUACCCUUGGAUGUUUCGCGAACAAGCCUCUAAGAAACCCGAAGAAAGCCGAAAACACGUAGGAAGAAGACCGAAAGUGACCGUCCCGGCAACCGUGAAGCGAUAUCGGCAGCUUCGGAGAAACGCAAGAGAACGGGAAAGACAGGGUCGCCUAAACAGUGCGUUUGACGUGCUUCGCAGCGUUAUUCCCGAUUAUUUAUCAGGCAAAGGACCCGAGGGGAAACUAACGCAGAUUGAAACAUUAAGACUGGCAACACAUUACAUCGGCGCUCUUUCGGAAAUGCUCGAUGACGAAGACACAAAGCGAACAUUUAACGAUUUCUGCGGCUGUGGGUAUUUUAGAGAGAACGAGAGCUUCUCUUUCAAUGAUUUGAGCUGUUUGACGAACAUUUAACCUAUAAUUUUUUCUCGGAUUUAGAAUGUUACAAAAAUGUCGUUAAAACUUGAAGUGGAUGCACUGACUUCGUUGUUGGGCCAAAUGGCGCAUUAUGGUAAUAAAAAAAACAAAGUUGAAGUAAAAAUCCAG